GGACCACCUGCCUUCUCUCCUUCCUUCCAUCCAUUCCUCCCUGUCUCCGCCCUCUUCUGACUCCCGUAGGCCGUGGUGCCGCCGCCGACUGCUGGGACUGCCCUACACCAAGUGCCCAGGUCAUCUUCGGGCCAUUCGCCGGCGACGAGCACCACCAGGUGUGCCAGGUUGACCGAGCUAUGGACAGCCUGUGGCAUCUUGGGGACGAGCUCCGCGGGCAGCCCAAGGUGGUGGAGGACCGCCAGUGGUCUCUCAUGACGUCCAAGCUGGCGGAGAUCACCAGGUCCAAGGGCGAGAGGAUGAACACCGUCCCUGACGCCAAGCAGUGGGACAAGACGUCCUACCAGCUUCACGACGACAGCAGGAUCGGCCACAUCGGCCUCAUGAACCUGGAUCUCAAGAUGAACGAGGCUGCCGCCAUGAAGCUCCCCUUCCGUGGCAUGCCGUAUAACAUGAACCAGAUGUACCUCAAGGGGAGCAAUGCCAAUUCCAAUGUCAAUGCGUUCAAGAUGAAUGUUGGAGUCAACAAGUACUCCAAUAGUCCAAACGGGAAAGACGCCAAUGGGAAAAACAAUGGCGGCAGUGGCGGCAACAACAACAAUGGGAGCGCCAACGGCACUUCUGUGGCUGACAAGCGCUUCAAGACAUUGCCGACGAGUGAGAUGCUACCGAGGAAUGAAGUCCUUGGUGGAUACAUCUUUGUCUGCAACAACGAUACCAUGCAGGAGGAUCUCAAGAGGCAGCUUUUUGGUUUGCCAGCAAGAUAUCGUGAUUCAGUCCGAGCAAUCACUCCUGGCUUGCCUCUUUUCCUCUAUAACUACACAACCCACCAGCUUCAUGGGGUAUUUGAGGCUGCCAGUUUUGGUGGGUCCAAUAUCGAUCCUACUGCAUGGGAGGAUAAGAAGUGUAAAGGUGAAUCUAGAUUCCCAGCGCAGGUGAGGAUCUGCAUUAGGAAGCUGUGCAAGCCGUUGGAAGAGGAUUCCUUCAGGCCAGUUUUGCACCAUUAUGAUGGGCCAAAGUUCCGCCUUGAGCUCUCCAUCGCGGAGACAUUGUCACUGCUAGACCUAUGCGGGAAGGAAGGCAUCUGAGCUGUCGAGGAGGUGGUGGUGGUUGCCUUGUGAGCUUCUAGUAAAUACCAAUCAUCUUUGUAUGUUUUGUGGAUGGUGGUUGGCAACGUUGUUUAUUUAUGCGCAAGCUGCUGCUGGUUUCGGGAUGGAAGGAAAGACCUGGUCCCUGAAACAAGCUGCGGAGAGUGAGCCUGUCAGUGUAUUGUGUCUGGCGUGGUCAAGAACCAAAUCAAUGUUGGACCGACCGACUGAGAGUUUGGAGUGUGUAUGUUUUGCUAUUACUCUUAUCUCUAGUAGAGUGUGGGUAUACCUGGGCAGAAUGUGUCCCCAAAAGUUGGGGGCCUGUCUGUGUACUGUGUGCGAUGGACGCCCUAAGUAAAAAAAGGGCAGGUGAUGGUCGUGCUCCAGGUUUGUGUUUUGUACUCUGUUGUACCUUGAACCUCCUUUGCGUUUUGCCUAAUCAGAGAAUGAAUGCAAAAAAAAAAAAAAACUGCCAGAGUGUUGGCUCCUGGUUCA